UUUUUACUUGAAAUUUACAUUCAAAGUUUCAAUCUUCGCAACAUUUCACGUUUACGAUACGAAUACGAAUACCAACGCCAUCUGCCGAUAGUUUUUCUAAAUUAAUUCAAAAACAUGGUGGAUUAUCGGUCGCUAAGUGCUGCUUGGACGGUUAUUUCCGAAGCAUUCCAUUUUCCUCAGGUAAAAGAGAAACCUUCUGAACAAGUUCUAAAAGAAGCUAUUGGUGUUUUGCAUAAUCAUGGCAUUUCGCAUAUUAUUAAAGAUUGGUUUUUGGAGACAUAUCAAAAUAAUUUAAGAGAUGUAAUUAUUCCUGAAUUUUGGAAUCAUUUUAAUGGAAAAGAUAUUUGGAUGCUACCAGAAGCAAUUAACAAACUCUAUCAAUCUGUAAAAUUGUUUAUGAUGUUAAUGAUGCAAUUGGAAUAUCUUGUUUCAGAAAUUUCAAAUAAAUCCACAAAUUCUAUAACUAUACAAAAUGUAUUAAACCCUGUUAUUCAGAAAAAAAUGUAUUUAAUGUUAAGAUCUCUUCUUUUAGUUAAAAUACCUGUUCAUUUUCAUUCUAUACUAUCAGAUUUUUAUACAAGAAUGUUUAAAGUAUUUCAUUCUAAACAAAAAUUGAAUAAUUUAGAGGAAGAAGAGAGUGAUGAUCCUCUUCAAUGCUGUGGCUGUGAAUGUGAACCAGAUAAUUGUUGUUGUCAACAACUUUUAGAUGCUUUUCAACAAAUUACUACUCAGUUAAAUGAACUAGAAAUUUUAGAAUCUGUAGUAGGAGAUGCAGCUAUUAAUGUUGCUCAACAGCAUAUUGAACAGUUUGUUCAAGAUACAUGUAGAGGAAAUUUUGAAGUAUCUUAUUUAUCAGUAUUAGAAGAAUGGCUUGAAGAUACUGUUCUUACAUGGUUGCAAAUAGUAUAUCAGAAAAGUACUUCAUCAGAUGAUGAAACUCCAAAGAAAAAUAUCAUGUCCAUUCUUAAAGAGCAACUUAUUCAUGCCGUUUUUGAAAAAUAUACUGAAGUUAGACUUGAACAACUUUUUAACAUUGUGAUUGAAUUUCCUGAAUCUCAGGCUGCAUUAGAAGAUCUUCGUGAAUGUCUAGAAAGAACAAAUCUUCGACCUAAACUAAUUUGUUCAUUAAAGAAAUCCUUAGAAACAAGACUUCUACAUCCUGGUGUGAAUACAACAGAUAUUUUGACAGCAUAUAUUUCUGCAAUCAAAGCACUAAGAGUAUUAGAUCCAACAGGUGUUGUGCUUCAGCUAGUUUGUGAACCAGUGUGCAAAUAUUUAAGAUCAAGAGAUGACACUGUACGAUGCAUUGUUACUAAUUUGACAGAUGAAAGCUGUAGUGAGUUAGCUAGUGAACUCAUGAAAGGAGCACCUUUGAUGCUUGAAGAUAGUUAUCAUAGUGAUGAUGAAAAAGAAGAUUGGGAAAAUUGGCAACCAGAUCCUGUUGAUGCAGAUCCUGCAAAAGCUUCCAAAAGUCAUAGAUCAUCAGAUAUCAUCAGUAUGUUGGUUAACAUAUACGGAAGCAAGGAAUUGUUUGUCAAUGAAUAUCGCACACUUCUUGCAGAUCGCUUGUUAUCAUCUUUCUCUUAUAACACAGAAAGAGAAAUACGCUACUUAGAAUUACUUAAACUACGUUUUGGAGAAUCACAGUUAUACUAUUGUGAAGUCAUGCUAAAGGAUGUAGCAGACUCGAGACGUAUAAAUGGGCAUGUGAAUUCUACAGAAGCUUCAUCUAAUGAUGGAGUAGAAUUUCCAAUUAAUGCAAUGAUACUGUCAGCUCAGUUUUGGCCUACAAUUCGAGAAGAAAAAUUGGAAUUACCAGCUAAAGUUUGGAAAGCUUUACAGAGAUAUACAACUGCAUUUGAGAUGUUAAAAGGAAAUAGAACAUUAACAUGGAAACCUCAUUUAGGUUUAGUAUAUUUAGAAAUUGAACUGAAGGAUCGUGUUUUAAAAUUAUCAGUUUCUCCUGUACAUGCUACAAUUAUAUGGCAUUAUCAAGAAAAACUAAGGUGGACAGUAGAUGAGCUGAGUUCUGUAAUGCAUGUUCCUGUUUCUGCUCUUCGUCGAAAAAUUACUUUCUGGCAAAGCCAUGGAGUGCUGAGAGAAGAAGAAAAUGAUACUUUUGUUCUUGUAGAAGAGCAGCAAGGACGUUGUCAAGAAGUAGUAGUCAUGGAAGAGGAUGAAACUGAAUCAGUCACUGCUUCAUCACAAGAUCAAAAAGAAGAAGAACUUCAGAUGUUUUGGUCAUUCAUCGUUGGUAUGUUAACAAAUUUAGAAUCUCUCCCAUUGGAACGCAUCCAUACCAUGUUAAGGAUGUUUGCUAUGCCAGGUCCUAACACUAGCGAGUGUGGCAUUCAUGAACUACGUCAAUUUUUAGAUAGAAAAGUUCGGGAACAAAAAUUAUUAUAUUCUGGCGGAUUGUACAGAUUACCCAGGUCUAAUUCUUGAUUUUAAAUUUUUGUGUAUUGUA